UCCGGAUCACUGGUCAAGGAUGCAUCAGAAAUUACUUUCUCUCGGACUUCUUGUGCUGUUUCUUCUGAUUUCAGUAACCUCCCACCUCGUCAGGUUCAAAUACUUUGACGAAUAUCUACUGCACUUGGAAAAACGUGAGCAGACGAUAAUCAUAGAAGAAGUAGAAAUUAAAGUAGCUGGACCCCUUCUACUAAGAACCGGUAAGCUGCAUCUCAAAGAAGAGCAAUGCUGCAUGCUUGGCCAAAUGGCGGGAAAGAAAGGAUUCCAUUGCAUUUCCAAGUUCUAUGCACCACGCAUGAUCUUCCGAAAUUACAAUCGAGCGCACAACAAAAAGAUCGCGGCUCUGCUAAAGGGCAAGGCAGAUCCCACGGCAGACAAACUAAUGAGAACCUUUGGACAGUGUGUUAUUAAGAGAGGUACGAUUUUCGAUAAGUGCUGCAGAUUUGAAGCUUUGAAAGACUAAUUGCGAACAGCGAGUGAUGACGAGAGUUCUUUUUCAACAACACGGCAAGUGCAUGACAUCUCCUGAUGGAAGAAAUCUGAUCAGAUUGCCUUGGAUUUGGUGGACUCAUUUUUUUUUAACAAAUUUAUGGUUUUAUAAUUAUUUAUUUGUAAACAGUAGGUGAUAUCGAAGUAUUUUGCAAAAUAUUCGUUAACGAUGCUUUUUGUUCUUAAGCUAUCAAUCUCAACUUCACAUCAUC